AUUGGUUAUUUAUUGGCUUAUAGAUUGAUUGAUUGAUUGGUCGGUUGGUUGGCUGGGUUGGCAGUCGUGGACUGGUUCUUGGUUACUGCGGUGGCUUUGUCUUGAAUCAUCAUUUCAGGGCGAAGCAAGCUGCGUUCGCUUGAUGACCAGUGAAGUUACAUGAUCAAAUCAUGCACACCCUACCCCCCUCUUUCCUGAGGCUCCCAGCUGCCUGGGGUAUAUAAUUUAUUCCUACUUCUUCUGGCAUGAGGACGACUAUGUGUGAACAUCUUACACCUCCUACCCUCAUGAAAGAAAUAAUCCUCGCAUCAAUCUUUUGAACUUGCUGGUUGAAAAAGUCUCACAUCUGUUGGCCGCGGCAUGCACGAAGGAGGAACAUGGCCUCCGUAUGUAUGAAGAGAGAUGAAGAGACUUGUCGUCGCUGAUCUGUUUUCUUUGGCGACUGUUAGUGGUCACAGUGUCCUCUUCCCCAUCCCAGCUGAUGGAUGGUUGGUGGGUUUGUUUACCCUUCUGUGGGUGUGUUUUCAGUCAGAUUGGAAAAGGUCGGCUGGUAUGCGAAAUCAGCAGCAGCAGGUGAGAAACAGAUAGGCUCGCUCAAUCUUUUGUACUCUUGGGGGCAGUAGAGUGGCAAUUAGGUACUGUUAAGUCUUCCAGACUGGUCUCGAUCUUCUACCUAGCAGAUACGGAAGAAAUGACAACGUAUGAGGGCAUACUCACACUAGAACUUUUUCACCUAUUUAUGGACAUGAUUGUGGUCAGAUACAUCCAGGUAUGACCAUAAUUCCGGUCACUUGCAUUCACGGAGGUGGUAGUACGGCUUCACUCUGAAUGUAAUGGAAGAAGGAAAGCAAAUUUGGAAUAGAAGUGGGGAGGGAGGGAGAGACGGGGGGGGGGGGGGGGGGGGGGGGGGGGGGGGGGGGGGGGGGGGGGGGGGGGGGGGGGAGGGGGGGGGGGGGGGGAGGAGGGGGAAGAGGGAGAAAGGAGGGGGAAUAGAACGGGCGCAUAGAGCAGAAACACAGUAGAAAGACAUCGCUGUAGGCUGGAGAACCUACACGGAGGGAUUUCAACAACUUUAGAGAAAAGGAGGGAGAAAGGAGGGGGAACAGAACGGGCGUGUAGAGCAGAAACACAGUAGAAAGGCAUCCUUGUAGGCUGGAGAAUCUACAUGGAGGGAUUUCCACAACUUUGCUGCUUUUUUCUUUUUCUUCUUCUUCCAUGAGAUUUCUUUCACGCGCUGAUGACGGUUUUGUUCUCGACUACGUGCAUCCUUUGUUUGACCUGUUCCAUUUUCCGCCAACGAGUCGUGCGAUGGUCCGUUCAGCUCCCCAUUGGGCAUCCCAUCUUUCCACUCCGACAGCCUGCCGCAUUGUCAUGCAAAGUUAUUUAUAGCCAUAGGGAUUGCAAAGGGCACCAGGUAAGGGCUCACAGAGAGGAUGUCGAAGUGUUCUGUUGUUCAUAGCAGCGGCAUUGUGUCUGAUGAUCUCUAUUUCAUUCAUUGCUCCCGUGCGACAUGUCUGCGAACAUCUGUCAGGUGUAGAUGUCAUUUCUCCUUUGCUCUCCUCUCUCUCCUUGAACGACUUCAGUCAUUUCUAUUGAUCGGCUAAUUAUGGGCUUUGAACAAGUGUGUGACGAGUUUAGAUAACUUAAUAACCACUAGAGGGGUGUGGGUUUAUUUUUAUUUCCAAUCGUUUCCCGACUUUCUUCCGCAAGGAGAAAGCGUGCGUGACGGAUGUCCAACAGGCGGACAUACAGAGAAAGGGUGACGGUUGUCGAACAGAUGGAUGGACGAUGAAAGGGCGGUUGUUGAACAGAUGGACGAAUGCCAUGUGGAGUUGGUUUCACUGAGUGCUAGAUUUGUUGUUCUCUCUCAAUGCCUAGGUGAUGAAAACUUAGAAAAGUGACAGCAGCAGAUGUCGGAUUGCGAGUGAUUGCAGACAUGACCUGUUGAGCCUAGGGAGCCGAGGUACUGUAUUAGUUUCUGGCGGUCCAGGUCACUGAAAUCUGGGCCUACGAGUCCGCACUUGGAGGAGGACUCAUUUGGUUUCGCCAAAGGAGAGGCCCUCCCGAGUAGUUGUGGCGGGGUUCAAUCGGAGGACUCGUUUUGUACGCCCAAGGCAGUAUUUGUUUGGGGAGAAAGGGGAUGGAAAGAGAGGGAGAGAGGUUGCUUAGUCCAGUUCCUGCUCUGUUGUCUUCGAGGAAUUUCUCAGCCUUCUGCUGCAGCCAAGAAUGAGCAAGGGUAGCGCGGUUUUUGCAGGGAGGGGCCACAGCCAGGGUGGGGGGCAUUAUGCAAGGGAGAGAAUGUUGCCAGUAUGGGGAGUGAAGAACGUUGAGGGUAGGGUUGCGAGCUGUUGGCAAUUGAUCGAGAUGAUGGGCACACAGAGAGAUUAGAGUUCCCAGGAAGACUUGGGGAUGGGGCUGGAGUCUGUGGUAAACUUAUCUGAAGGCUGGGAGCAUUACCGCUGCUGUACAGGGGGGGAGCAGGGACAGGUGCCAGCACCGAUGUUGACACUUAUCGAUCAGGGAUUGAUCUGUAGGCAUAUGGUGUCGAGCUUCUGGAUGUGUGCAUGUGUAUCAACUGCUUCAGACUUGAAAUGUACUGUGAGGCAUGCGACCACAGGCUUGGUGGCGUUGGAUGUUGAUUGAGUCCUGGGGUCGAGUAUUUUGCACUAAAAUCGGAGGGAUAGCCCUUGAUUUUUCAUUCAAGAGAAUAAGACGAACAAGGUACUAAGCAAGAAAUGGGUGUCUCGCUUGCCUCUACCGGUAGUUUGGCUGGUAAGGAAUGUCUCACCGGGUCCCAGCUUGAAAGGUUAGUGAUGUCUUGCCGGGUCCCACUUUGACAGGUAAGGAAAAAAGUGUGUGAACUUUGGUGAUGAUGUGAUGAUCCAAGUUCCUUGUCUUUUAUUGUGUUCUGCUUUAUAAGCUGGUACAUGCUUGCUCAGGUUGUGAUGAUCGGGUUCUGCAACCGGCGAGGACACUUUUCUUCCGUGCUAGUAGUAUACGUAUUAUGUUAAUCGGUUGCUAGUGAAGGGGUUCUGAGAGGUGGAGGGACGAUAUCAGAGUGAGUGCCUUCCCUUUGUUUCCCUGUGUUUCCUUUCUACUCGGUGGAUUAGCGUGGUGAUUUUGUGGCGGCCGUGUGACUGCCCUCUGUUCUUUGUGAUAUCCUAUUGCAUGGCCUGAAUUUGUCAGUGCUAACUUCAUUGUGUAACUGAUCACUACUUUUGUCACGAAUGAUUUUCAAAUGUAAUAAAAUUGUUGCUUGGCC